CGAGAGAUGAGAACGGGGGACAAGGAAGAUGGGAGGGUAGUACGAAAGGAGGAGGAGGAGGAGGAGGAGGAGUAUGUAAUCGAGAGGGAGGAAAACGGAGAGGCGGUCAUGAGGUGGAAGCCGGGACGGGACGACCAAAAUCGCGCUUUUGGCAUUGAGGACGAAAUGAGGGAGGGGCGGAUGCGUCUGCGCUUCCUUCCCUUCGUUCGGAACCGGGGAAUUCUAUGGUCAGUGUAAGUGGUGGAGUUCAUGAAGACAGAAGUCACGCUGUUCGCGUGUGAUCCAGAGAGAAUUGCACCGUUGGACAAAUCAAAGAAACGAGUUGAAGGCAGAGGUUAGGUUGGGCGGAGCUCCUUGCGUCGACAAGAAGAGGGCGAGUGGGAUGAGUUGUGUCGAUGCAGGCGCAGGGUGAAUGAAGCAGAUCAUGACCAACAGAACUUCGUUACGAGAAUGGAUUGGAAGAUGACACAGGAAGUCGAGUAGGAAUAAUGUCACGGAUUAGGGUGGCGGGGAUUGAUUUUCCAGGCCAAGGAAGGAAGGAGGGAGCGGGUGGGAGGUUCUUAUCUUAGUGCCUGACGUGUUCCUACGAAAGGUCGCUUUUAGUUGCUCUGUGGCUUCUUUGCCUGGAUGAUUAUCCCCUUGCUCACCUGCAGAGUCGAGGGACGGGUGUAGGCCACAUUGUGGAAUGUGGCAAAGCUGCAGGAACAACGAGUAGCAUGCGAAGGCUCAGAGCCAAAUUAGGGUGUUGAGGGGAUGGAUUCUCCUGAUGUUGGGAGCAGGGAAGACAUGAUCGAGUCAGGAAAGAGGCGAAAGAUUUCGGAUGGGUCAGAUUUCUCCAAAGACAAGGAUAGGCAUACGGAACACGUUCAAGAUUGGGGUGAAACAGGUGAUCGUAAGCAACGUGCAAGCAAGUCUCGCAAGUACGGCAAGGGCGAGAGGGAGCCCCGGGCUGUCAGGGUUAAAGGAUAUGGAGGAGGUGAUGAGAGAGUUGCUGAUGGGAAUGGCGAGUACUCUGAGGACGAGAGGGCUUGCACAGGAGGUAAAAAGAGGGUAGAUAAAUUAGACACUUCUUGGGACAUGCCGGAUGAAGGUCGGUCUAAGAGGAAGUCUAACAAGGAUAAAAGGGUUGCAAAGUUGGAAAAAUUUCCAGUUGGAGAAAGUGGUGGAAAAGAGGAAUCCGGAGAUAAGGAUGAUCGAGGAUGGGGUCAGGUCAAGGAAGUAAGAGACGAAAGCGAACGUAGUGAAGCUGGACAUGUCGAAGUUCUGGGCAUAAGAUCGAGUGGGAGCAGCAAAAAAAAAGCAGGUGGAACGAGAGCAGGGAAAUCAGGAGAGGGAAUUGAUAUUGAUGACGAAGAGCGGAAGGUGGGACGGGAUUAUUGUGAGGAGUCCGAGGAGGACAGAGGUUGGCGAUAUGAAGAUGAGAGAGCAGAUCAAGAAGUGAAGGCUGCCGGACUUGGAUCAUGCCGAAGCAGGAGCAGAAGCAGAGGAGAGCGAGGCCACGAAGUAGAGAGGGAUGUAUCGGCGGACCGAGCAGCAGGUUACGACGAUUCUGAAGAUGGUCGACUGUCAGAGAAGAGAAGGAACGGUAGAGAGAAAAAUCGUGGGGCUAAAGGUGAUAGGGAAGAAGCCUCUGAGAGAUUUGAAGGCGAAGAUGAUGAUAGAUUUGACUGUGGCUGGGGUGAAGUCGAAGGCAAGCGAAUCAACAGUCGAACAGCUGAUAAGGUCGAGGAAAGAGGUGGCAAGCGCGGGGGUAGAGAUCGAGGACGAGGGGAAGCAAUCGAGCUCUUUAAGGAAGAUGGGCACGAACCGGUCAAAGAGAGAGACAGAAACAAGGGCAGCGAGCGAAAUGACAGCAAGUGGGCCGAGUCGGAAGAAGGCAAAGCUGUCGGACGAAGCAAGAGGAGUAGAGAAGAUGAUCGACGUGAGAGGUCUCGAGGCAAAGAGCGCGGAGACGCUGGCCAGGAUGAGUUCGAAGACGGAGCAAAAAUUUCGAUUAGGGUUAGGGAGGACGGCAGAGCUGAUCGCCAGCAGCUCAGGAGCGAAAGAGCGGACGAGUGGGCCGAACUCGAGAGUGGUCCUCGGUCCAACGGCAGGAAAAAAUCGGACAGGGCUGUGGACGAUCGGUUGGACGGUGGCAGAAGUCGUGACAGAGUGGAAGGAGGAGGAAGAGACGAGGCAGAAGAUGGGAGAAGAGGAAGAGGGGAGAAGGUGGAUGAGGAUUGGACUGAUAAGGUUCCAGGUUCGGGCAGAGAAUUGAGUGUCGAGGCCGCCGAUGAUAUGGGGAGAUUCGCUGCGAGAUCAAGAGGUGAAAGAGAUGUAGAACGACCUGAUAAACAUCGUGAGAAGCUACUCAGAGAUCGAGCGGAGGGCAUCAGGGAGGCCCCUGAGGAAGGAGGGAGACUUUCAGCCAGAGGUCGUGGUGAUGACGACAGAGGGGACAAAUCUAGAGCAAGAGAACGAACAGAUGGCGGGCGAGAAGAGUCCGAGGACGGAGGGAGGUCUGGAGGAAGAAGUAGGAGUAUGAAGAACUGGAAAGAUUCUUGGAGUCCUGAUUUCAAACGAGGAGGUGCUCGUGGAGAUUGGGAUGAUGGCGAAAGAGACUGGCUAGAUGAGAAGGAAGAGCUCGAGCGGGAGAGGCCGAGCGGCAGGCGAGAGAGAGAAAAGGAUCGUGAUAGGUAUCUCGAAAGGGAUGGUGCCCACGACAAAGAUUACGAUGAUUCUUGGGAGAGAAGCAGGCGGAGAGAAUGGGAGGAGGUAUCCGACAGGAGGAAAGACCGACCUCGAGAAAGAUACAAGGACAGAGAUGACAAAGGUAGAGACAGGGAUCCUGAGCAAGACAUUGACCGCGAAAGUUGGGAGUUGGACCGAAGGAGGGAGAGAGUGGAGAGAGAACGAUCCGGGAGAGAAAGGUUCGAUAGAGAAAUGAAUGAAAGGGAGAGAAUGGAAAGGGAGAGGGGAGAGGGGCUAACCAGCCCCAAUGCUGUAGGGAUGUUAGGUGAUGUAAUUGGCCGAGGUGGUUCAGGUAUGCAACUACCCCCGAACGUGGAUCCUGGCAGAGGUCUAUUGGCCAGUGGACCUUUCAUGCCUCGGGCAGCAGGAGACAAUGGAAUGCUUCAAGGAGACUACAUGUUGGGAGUUGGAGAUGGGGACUGGGAAGCACCAAUGCCAGAUGAAAGGUUGCGUCUCGGAGAUGGAGGAUACCUUCAUGACAGUCGAGACCGGUUCACAAACGAAGACGAACCACCACCAGGUUUGGAUCAGGUAUUUGGACCUAGUCCAGGUAGGGGAGGAGGCAAUGAUGGUGGCAUGGGGUUCAAUCUUCAUCGCGGAAAUGGGAGGGCGAAGGGAUCUCCUAGCAACCGUGGUCGUGGCCCGGUGGUAAUGCAUGAAGGGAGGCCGAUAUUUCUGAACAAUCAAGCCGGUGGAUUAAUGAUGAGGAAUAUGCAGCAAGGAGUGAAAGGUGGAAGAGGAGGCAGAGGUCCGGGGAAGGGUGGCAGAGGUGGUGGUGGCAGAGAUAAUCAGAGAGGUAACGUCACAGGCAUAUCGCAGAUGGGGCCUGGCCCAGGCCCGGGCCCGGGCAUGCCAGGACCUCAUUUCGGUCCUUUGGGACCAGCAGGACCGAUGCCAGGGCUUGGUCCGGGAAUGAUGGGCCCCGGGGGAUUCCAAAUGCCUUUUGCAGGUCCGAUGGGCUGGGGUGGUAAUCGCGGAGGAGACAUGGGAAUGAUGAAUGGUCCUCCUGGUCCAGGGCCAGGGCCAGGGCCAGGCCCAGGCCCUCCCAGGUUUGGUCCGGGAAUGGGUCCAGGUGGUCAUCCUGGCCCUGGUCCCAACAUGUUUUUCAACCCCCCAGGUCCUGGUAGAGGAGGCCCCGGCGCCAUUGUGCCUGGAGGAAUUUUUGGCGGAGGCUCACCAUUUGGUGGUCGGCCCAUGCCCGGAGAUAGAGGUCCCCCUGGAGGGAGGGGUGCUGCUAGAGGUGGUGGCCCAACAGGAAGAGGACCUUCAAGAGGCGAGCAAAAUGACUAUUCUCAGCAUUUUGUUGAUACUGGUUUAAGGCCUCAGAACUUCAUCCGAGAUGUCGAACUUGCCGACAGGUUUGAGGAGUAUCCUAAGCUGAAAGAAUUGAUUUCACGGAAGGACAAACUUAUUUCCGAUCGAGCUACCCCGCCGAUGUAUAUGCAAUGUGAUUUACGCACGACAGAGCUCCGGCCUGAAGUUUUUGGAACCAAGUUUGAUGUUAUUCUUGUGGAUCCACCUUGGGAAGAAUAUGUGCGACGAGCACCUGGCGUGGGGGAUUCGAUGGAGUGGUGGUCGUAUGAAGAUAUCCAAAAUCUUCGCAUCGAGGCAAUAUCAGACACUCCUGCCUUCAUCUUUCUUUGGGUCGGAGAUGCCGAGGGCCUUGAUCAGGGUCGCCUCUGUUUGAAAAAGUGGGGAUUCAGGAGAUGUGAAGACAUAUGCUGGGUGAAAACCAACCGAGAGAAUCCGACACCCGCAUUGCGACAUGAUGCGAAUACUCUUCUCCAACAUUCAAAAGAACAUUGCUUAAUGGGUAUCAAGGGAACUGUUCGACGCAGCACUGAUGGCCACAUCAUCCAUGCAAACGUUGACACCGAUAUUAUUAUCUCUGAAGAACCAGAUUACGGUUCCACUGCAAAACCGGAAGAACUGUAUCACAUCAUAGAACAUUUCGCUCAAGGUCAGCGACGCCUAGAGCUUUUUGGGGAAGACCACAAUAUAAGGGCAGGCUGGGUUACUGUGGGGAAAGGAUUGUCUUCAUCAAAUUUCAGUCCACAGAUGUACGCUAAACAUUUUGUCGACGCCGAGGGCAAGGUUUGGCAGGGAGGUCGGGGCAAUCCUCCAGUAGAUGCUCCCCAUUUGGUGGGCACCACUCCUGAGAUUGAAUCUCUUCGGCCGAAGUCCCCACCACCACGAGCCCAGCAGCAGCCACCAUCUCAGGCAGCAAAUUCUAUACCACAGACUGCGGGUGGAAUUACGACUAACAAGAAACCACCUUCUACAUCUCAAGUGGGCUCGCAAAACGGACCUUCAGCCACCAAUCUGGUUUCUGGGCAGGGGCAUGGGCUACACUCUCAAGCCUCUUCUGUCGGAGGCACCAGCAGAGGUGGAGGCGGUCAUGCUCAACCAACGAAGCGGCAAAAUGCUGCUGUGCAGGGGUCGAAGCCGUAUUUGAUAACUGCAAGUGGCAUUGAAAGCGUUGCGGUUUCAGUUGAACCAAGCUCUGGGCCCGAGCUGGUAGAGGUUUCAGGCGAGAGGGAAGGUGGUGGAAUAGGAGGGGAUCAAUCAAAAACACUGUCAUCUUGAGAAAUAUAUUCGGACCCUGCACACUGGAAAAGUUUUGUAGAAAGGUCUUGUAUCAUGUUCUUGUCUGGCUUGGUCAAGUUUUACUCUCUGAAUCUCCUCCCCACCUAUUUAGAAUUGUUGUCACCAAGGGUCACGAAGGGUAGUCGCAUCAGUAAAACGGGUCAUUGUACAUCCGGUGAGAAAUUCCAUGCAAUUUGUUCAUACGUCCUCCCUGGGCAGAUUCUUUGAGGGUAUAAGCUACCCCAACUCAUCAGCUAAUUAGGCACGAGAAAGGGCAAAGAACCGUCUGGCCUUGUAACAUAAAGAGGUUCCGUUAACUUUUACACAUCAAUAUUUCAUCGGCUAAUGAAAUUCUGGCGGUAAGUUCCG